GGAACUAAAAAAUUUACGUAGAUGGCGACACAAGCGACCCUGCUCUAUUGCGUUUGUUAGCUCUGGCUGUCAGAAGUAAUUUCGGAAAUUCUCGAUAUUUAUAGCAAAAAUGUAUUCAUUUAUGACUGUGGUGCAGUUAAAAAAUGAAUUGCGACAGAGAAAUGCAUCUGUAACUGGUAAAAAAGCUGAUUUGAUCGAAAGAUUGGAAGCGUAUGACCGAAACUUUAAUUUUGGUGCAGACCCUGGUCCUAGUGAAGAUCCUAGGUACGAGUGCCCGCCUGUGUCGUGCUUUAAGGAUAUUAAUGCCGAUUCGCCCAUUCCACCUUUAGAUAGGCACGAAAUUCAGGCAUAUUUUGAAAAAUUUAAUGCCCAGAAUAAAGGCAAAGAUAUGUACGAGUCUCGUUGCCUGCUAACCGCUAGAUAUGCUUCGGUCGGGGCGAGUACUUACUUUCAAGGGCAGUGUAAAGCCCAAAUGAAGAAAGUUACUUACAUAGUGAAUGUAAAAGUGUCUAAAGAAGGUAAUAUCGAACAGGCCAACUGCGAGUGUGCUGCUGGCAGUGGUAUUGAAGCUCAUUGCAAGCAUGUGUCUGUUUUAUUAUGUGCAGUGGAAGAUACGUGCCGAACUAAGACCAUUAUGGUACAUCAAGUGACAACACAAAAGCUGAUGACGUUCAAAAGACCUCAUAAGGUAUUUUAUAGGUCGCCUAUUCAGGCACAAAAUUUACCAAUGAGCAGGCCAAGAAAACAAGCUGUAAAUUUUAACCCACUCAAGAGAGAGGAUAUGAUGGAGAAUUAUCAAGAUUAUGUCCACAAUUUGGCCAUCAACUUUGGGAAGUCAACAAUGCCCAUACUCCAAACAAUUAAACCAGCGAAUCCUUAUGCUAUCGAGUGGGAUCAUAGCAACUACACCAACCGUAAUGAAAAAGAAUUGUUGCUAGAACGGUUACUUUUAAAAAAUGUGACGCCGGAGCAAAUAGUGAAUACAGAAAAAGCUACUAAGGUGCAGGAUAAGUCAAAAGAAUGGCACAACCUUCGUUGUUGCAGGGUAACUGCCAGCAACUUUCAUGUAGCUUGCCAUGCUACAACAGGCAAGGAUCAUUUGAUUCAGAGAAUAAUGAAUCCAAGGGCUAUUCACACUAGAGCUAUCACUCAUGGUAAAAUCCAUGAAAGCACCGCUAUAGCUAAAUAUGAAGAAUACUUUGGAUUAAAAGUAGAGAAAAGUGGACUGCACAUAUCUGAGGAGUUUCCGUUCCUGGCAGCUUCACCAGAUGGUCUCUUAGGCGAUGAGACAGUCAUUGAAGUUAAAUGUCCCUAUGCUGCAAGAUAUAUGCCUAUAACUGCUGUCACAGUUCCAUACCUUGAAAGUAUUGUAGGCAAACUGCAUUUGAAAAGAAACCAUCCAUAUUUUUAUCAGAUACAGGGACAGCUAUAUUGCUCCAAAAGAAAGUAUUGUAAUUUAAUAAUAUAUACUUUUAAAGAAAUUCAAGUCAUCUUUUUGCAGCGAGAUGAUUGCUUCAUUAAUGAAAUGGUUACAAAACUAGUAAUUUUUUUUGAAAAUCAUUUAAAACCAGAAAUAAUAAAUAAAUAUUAUUACAGAAAUUAUGAUUUAAUAAAACCAUAAAAUAAUAUUUUUGUUUUAUUUAUUUUCCGUGUCAACUAAACUUAACACAAUUAUUUAUAAAAUAAAAAUAAAAAUAAAAUAAAAUUUAUUCAGUAAGUAGGCCACAAGGGCACUUUUACACGUCGUACUAAACAGAAAAAAAAGAAAAUGAACCUAAAUCUACCACCGAUUCCACCCUACACCUCUGACCCGAGAAGAACCGGCCAAGAAACUCGGCGGGACUUAUUUUUUCAAAACAGUACAAUGAUACUUAAAGACUAUAUUAAGAUACUUUCACUGUUCUGUGAGAAAACAUAUCAAACUACUUUAAGAGACAAAUCACAGCUAUCAACAAAGAACGCGCCAAAAAAAUAAAAGAGUGAAAUUAAACUGCAAAAAUUUAAGUAGGUGCUUUGCUUACCGUUUGAUAUACUUUCUUCCCUGAACUGUGUCCUUUACCAUAAAUUACAAAUUUAAAAAGAGAUUAUUCUCUUUUAGAAUGAAAUCAAACUUACAGAAUUGUAUUAAAAAAAAAAACCCUUAGAGAUGUAAAAGGUCUCCAAGUGUCCUAUAUUCUAGAUAAAAACUAAAGAUAAAAUUAUGUAUAACUAGCACCGAAUGAAAUGUCUCUCCACGCCAAAUUAAUCUCAAUAUAUUCAUAAUGUGUUACUACAUAAAUAUGGAACCACAGUAAGCUAAAACAGACCAGUCUUCACAAACAGCACCCGUUCACGAGUAUGACGCGUAUCUCAGCCAUCGCCUCCCUCAACCUUUCUUUGGGAAAGUGGCGACCCGAUCAACGUCGCCACCAUAAGCAAAGACUUUUCAGCGAGCAUGACAUGUUCAAGCUGGCGGGCUCUAUUUAUAAUAAAAGCUAAACACGUUUAGGCUGGUGAGACUUCACAUUUUGUGCUUAUUUUGUAUGAUUACAUACAUGUCGUCACAACCUAAUUAAUAACUAUACAUUACUGUCACAUAGAGAUGUAAAGGUUAUUUGUCGUAAACCAGUUAACUACGGUGGAUAGUGCAUUGUUAAUACUGUCGUAGUUAAUUGCUUUUCUGUCUACCUUGAACAACAGAGAUGUGUCAUCAGCAAACAAGACUAUAUCAUGUUUAUCUUGUACAAGUUUCGGUAGAUCAUUAAUGUAAACCAAGAACAGAAACGGGCCAAGUAUUGAGCCUUGAGGCACUCCAAGUGCUACUGGGGAGCCGGCAGAUUGAGUUCCAUUAAUAACCACUCGUUGUGUUCUAUUCGAUUAUGCUUAUUUCAUUAUGCUUUCUCUAAAAUUACAACACAUAGUACAUAUAAAAAAUAUUUUACCUGCAAUUGGAAUGUAACUGUGAUCCAGAUCACUUUUUAAAAUCUUAUAUGUUUUAGUGAGGCCAAUUAAGCGUUCAAUGUGCACUCUUUUACUAGCUAGAUUCCUAUCUUUUAACACUGUUAAACCUGGUAACUGUGUUUUGCCCUUUAAAAUAGUAGGUAUAUUUACAGCAACAUUUUUGUGUGCAAACAUGUCCUGAAUAUUAAAUCCCCGAUCUGCUAAAAUGCAGUCACCACUUUCACAUUUACUAAUUAAAUUACUUCUCUCCACUGUUUGCCUGUCACUGACCGACCCAGCAUAUGCAGGAGAGCAGUAUGAUAACAAUCCCCCCGGUGUUCCUCCAACAAGAACUUUAAGAGUAUUUGCAUGCUUGUAGCUACUCCAUGACGCUUGUUGAGACGUUGGGUUUUUAGGUUUCUGUACAUGAAAUUCGGUCCCAUCUAAAAUCACCCUUAUAUUCGCAUUAUAAUUUUUAAAAUGUUCCGGCAUAUAAUAAUGUACCAAGUCUUUGCUUGGCCAUGUGUCGAGUUUUAUCCAUAGUUGAUACAUGAAAUUUAUCCAGGUAAUAAAUAUAUUUGACACUGUUGUAGUACUUACAUUAAAAAAUCUGCUUAGUUCAAAAAUACAUUUAUUUUGUCUUAAUUUCAUUAUUGUUAAAAAGAACUGAUCUUCAGUACUGAGCAAAAUAACAGAACUACCAUAAUACUGUAUUUUAUGGGCCAUAGGACUCAAAGUUGAGUAAACAAAAAAGAACUUCCGGUAAGACUCGAAGCCUGUAUAAAAUUGAAUUGCUUUAUCAUCAUUUUUGAAUCUAUGUAUUGUUCCAAAUACAUGUUCCAUGUCAAUUUGCGUCUCUUUAGAUGAGAAUUUAGGAUUAUUUAAAAUAGGUACUGUAAAAUCAUUUAUAUUCGCACUGAUUUCUAUUUCACUAGCAACGUCCAUGAAGAUUGGCACUGUACUUUCUUGAUUUAUUGAUGUUGGAGUUACAGUUUCUUCUACGUCCAUGGAGUGGGGCACCAUUCUUUCUUCAUUAAUUGAUGGUUGGUGGCUUGUUGAUGGGGUCACAGUCUCUUCAAACCGUAACUUUUUCUGAGACCUCAUCUCAAGUCGCUGUUGCACUUGCUGUAUCUAAUCUUGAAAUGUUGAAUGAAAAUACUGAAGGUACAGCAGUUUUCUUCAAGAAUCUCGCUUUCGGCUCGUAAUCUGAAAGAAAGUUACCAUUGCUUUAAAGUUUCGUUGCUUGGCUAUAGAUCACGAAAAUCGAAAAUAAAUUAAGUAACUUACUUGUGUAUAUACUUUGUCCGUAAUAGUCAUCUGAUGUAAAAUGCAUGGAACAUAAUCGCGAUGAGUCUUUUGCUUUAAAGUUUUUGAUUCUUAACGCUUUCUCCCAAGCCUUUCUACGCUUUGGGUCUUUAGGGAAAGCGUGAACGCCUUUAUUUUUGCAGUCUAAAGCACUACACAGGGCCAUUUUAAUAAGAUAUUACCCAAUAAUUGUAAUCUCACGAUGUAAUUAACAAAAAAUGUAUAGGAUUUGACAGAUGACAAGUUGAGGUUAAGCAGUGUCGAUUGUGCGAUACCUGGCG